UCCUGCAUCAUCAGGCAUCCGAGAGGCACCCUAGGGUGACUCCUCUCAGAGCCUGUUAGUAGGUGGUCAUCACAGAGACAAAGCCAUGAAAGUGAAUGGGUCAGGAGUGACCAGCCCAGGCAAGGUCCCCCUGGCCAAGAUGUCAGGCCUGGUGUUGGGGCAGCGGGAUGAGCCUGCAGGGCACCGGCUCAGCCAGGAGGAGAUCCUGGGAAGCACCCGGCUGGUGAGCCAAGGGCUGGAGGCCCUACACAGUGAACAUCAGGCUGUCCUGCAAAGUCUGUCCCACACCAUUGAGUGUCUGCAGCAGGGAGGCCAUGAAGAAGGACUGGUACACGAGAAGGCCCGGCAGCUGCGACGUUCCAUGGAAAACAUCGAGCUGGGGCUGAGUGAGGCCCAGGUGAUGCUGGCUUUGGCCAGCCACCUGAGCACAGUGGAGUCGGAGAAACAGAAGCUGCGGGCUCAGGUACGGAGGCUGUGUCAGGAGAACCAGUGGCUCCGGGACGAGCUGGCGGGCACCCAGCAGCGGCUCCAGCGCAGCGAACAGGCUGUGGCCCAGCUGGAGGAGGAGAAGAAGCACCUGGAGUUCCUCGGCCAGCUGCGGCAGUACGACGAGGAUGGGCAUGGUGUGGAGGAGAAGGAGGGUGAUGCCACCAAGGAUUCCCUGGAUGAUCUCUUCCCCAAUGAGGAGGAAGAAGAUUCCAGCAAUGGCUUGUCCCGUGGCCAGGGCACCCAGCACAGCGGGUACGAGAUCCCAGCGAGGCUGCGGACACUGCACAACUUGGUGAUCCAGUAUGCUGCCCAGGGUCGCUAUGAGGUGGCUGUUCCGCUCUGCAAGCAGGCACUGGAGGACUUGGAGCGCACUUCUGGCCACGGCCACCCUGAUGUCGCGACCAUGCUCAACAUCCUUGCUUUGGUGUAUCGGGACCAGAAUAAGUAUAAAGAAGCUGCCCACCUGCUGAAUGAUGCCCUCAGCAUCCGGGAGAGCACCCUGGGCCGGGACCACCCUGCUGUGGCUGCCACACUCAACAACCUGGCUGUGCUCUAUGGCAAAAGGGGCAAAUACAAGGAGGCCGAGCCGCUGUGCCAGCGAGCACUGGAGAUUCGAGAAAAGGUCCUGGGCACUGACCACCCAGAUGUGGCAAAGCAGCUGAACAACCUGGCCCUGUUGUGCCAAAACCAGGGCAAGUAUGAGGCCGUGGAACGCUAUUACAGGCGGGCCCUGGCCAUCUAUGAGGGGCAGCUGGGGCCAGACAACCCUAAUGUAGCCCGGACCAAGAACAACCUGGCUUCCUGUUACCUGAAACAGGGCAAAUAUGCUGAGGCUGAGACGCUCUACAAGGAGAUCCUGACGCGUGCGCAUGUGCAGGAGUUUGGGUCUGUGGAUGAUGACCACAAGCCCAUCUGGAUGCACGCAGAGGAGCGGGAGGAAAUGAGCAAAAGCCGGCACCGAGAGGGCGGCACGCCCUACACUGAGUAUGGAGGCUGGUACAAGGCCUGCAAAGUGAGCAGCCCCACAGUGAACACCACUCUGAGAAACCUAGGAGCUCUGUACAGGCGCCAAGGAAAGCUGGAGGCAGCCGAGACCCUGGAAGAAUGUGCCCUACGCUCCCAGAAACAGGGCACGGACCCUAUCAGUCAAACCAAGGUGGCCGAGCUGCUUGGGGAAGGUGACAGUGGAAGGACCUCUCAGGAGGGCCCUGGGGGCAGCGUGAAGUACGAGGGAGGUGAAGAUGCUUCUGUGGCCGUGGAAUGGUCAGGGGAUGGCAGUGGGACCCUGCAGAGGAGCGGUUCUCUGGGCAAGAUCCGGGAUGUGCUUCGUAGAAGCAGCGAACUCCUGGUGAGGAAGCUCCAGGGGACUGAGCCUCGGCCCUCCAGCAGCAACAUGAAGCGGGCAGCCUCCUUAAACUAUCUGAAUCAACCCAGUGCAGCACCCCUCCAGGUCUCCCGGGGCCUCAGUGCCAGCACUACGGACCUCUCUUCAAGCAGCUGACAUUCAACCCACCCCCCAGGUCUGCUGGGUCCCCCCCACAGCCCUCUCAGCAUUCCCUAUUGCUCCUGGCUCUUCCAACCCCAAGGUGGGACAGGGAAGGGAGAGCAGUUAACCAGAAGAUUGCUGCUGCCCUUAGGGUCUUGGCUCCCUCCUCAGGAAUCCCCCUCAGGAAGGACCCUCAGGACAUCCUCUCCCCAUAGUCCUCUAGAGUAGCUAGCUCUGAGGCCCCCAAGAUGCUUAAAGAGCAGACGCGCGUCUCGGAGAUGGAGCCUGCUGCUGGCGUUUUGGUCAGAGGUUUUGGGGCUGGCCAGCCAAGCUGCCUCGCUCUGGCCUCUCUUGUUCCCUCCGCUGCCUCACUUCAGGUCCGUGUAUUUCACUUUUCUUAAAUAAAGAAUCAGGUAAC